AUGAUUGGAUUUGAGGAUGUGUCUGUGUUUGUGUUGACAGAUUUGAGAGGGCGAGUGUUCACCUUCCCUCAGCAGACAGCUAACUCAUACACCAGACUCUACCCCCAGCUGGAGAAGAUCUUCUUCAGUUCCUCUGUCUGCUUCAGAUUCUUCACUGAUGACCUCUCCAUCAUCUGCCCUUUCUCCCUGAGCACCCCUGGCAUGUUCAACAGCCUCACAAUAUUUCUUUACAAUGAUAAAAUAGAAAUUUUGGUUGGAGACAAAUCGCGUUUGUACUUGGUGGUAGCUGAGCUGAAUGAGUGGAACUCUCUCUGUGCCACGUGGGACUCAGGAACAGGUUUGGUGCAGGUUUGGCUCAAUGGGAGACCCAGUGUCAGAAAGGCUCUUCAUGCAGGUGGCUCCAUCUUUAAUCCUUUCAUUGUCCUCGGCCAGGACCAAGACAGCCAUGGUGGGAGUUUUGAGGCCCAGCAAUCGUUCACUGGCCAGCUGACAGACGUGCACAUGUGGGACUAUGUUCUCUCCCCGUGUGAGGUCCAGGCCUACGCGCAGGCAGGGGCUUUCAGACCAGGGAACGUGCUGGACUGGGGGGCGAUGGAGUACACCAGACAUGGGUAUGUGGUCUUGGAGAGGCUCCAGACUCUUGACACCUGCAGAAUGGGGUCGCUGAGCAACAAGGCGUCGCCGGAGGACAGCGUCAGCAUUCCAGAACUGAAUGUAAAUACCCAUGAUGUUCCGGAACAUUCUCAAGACAAUUUCAUCCCAGAACAGUCUGGGUUUGAACAUGACAUUCCUAUACUGUCUGGCGAUGGUACCAAUCCCAAAAUCUCUGAAGAUAUGAAAAUGACAGUUUAACAGGUUUUUGAUAUGAAUAUUGUAUAUGUUAACUCAAAUUAAAUCACACAAUAAAUGUACGCAU